AGCAGGUCCUUACAAAUGUCAGAGAAAUGCCUUUUGCUUCCCGCUCUAGGCUGCUACAAAAUCACCACGGUUUUCAGUCACGCCCAGACAGUCGUGCUGUGUGUCGGCUGCUCGACCGUGCUGUGCCAGCCCACUGGAGGAAAGGCGAGGUUGACAGAAGGAUGCUCCUUCAGGCGAAAGCAGCAUUAAACAGUGGACACUUGCACAGGAUGGGUGGGGCUAUGUGCACAGUCGCUGGCUGUGAUUCUGGUGAUCUCAAGAGCACGAAUAGAGUAUAUGCAACGAAGCGAGAAAUGUAGUUGUGUUACUGUGGAGGGCUCUAGUUGCUACCAAUGGCUGGGGAGUAGGGUUAACCCUAUAGCUAUGGCACUGUCCUUGUAGUCUCACCCAUUUGACUCAAUAAAUUUUGGAUAUAAAGGCAA